AUGUCAACGCCAUAUAUUCUCUUAUUUGGAGAUCAGACGGAGACAAACUUUAACGUUCGAGUGCUUUUCGAAUACAGCAAGCAGUCCGACCGCCUUCGGUCAUACAUUCAACGUUCGCAGGAGUCAGCGCGCCGUGCCUUUGAAAAUGCGGCUGUUCCAGACGUGAAGAAAUACGCCUUCGAUUCGUACCUCGGCUUAGAGGAGCGUGUCCUGGCGCAGAAAGUUCCUGAUGUCGUCCUUCGCACAUUACUCCUCUGUUUCACCCAGCUCGGGCACCUAAUCAUGCGACUGGAAAAGGAUGAAAGAGUUCGUGCGCUCUGGUCAAAGCAAAAACUCUUAAUAGUCGCUUCCUGUGCCGGUCAGAUCCCUGCGGCUCUUGCAGCCGCAACACAAUCCUUGGAUGAACUGGCCGAUGCUGCACCAGAUAUCGUGGCCACUUCUGUCCGGGCGGGUCUCGAUGUUGAUCGUCGAACGAGUGAGUAUUCCGAUGACCGUUCCGAGAGUUGGGCCACAGCAGUCGGAGUGUCAUUGGAAGAGGCCCAGGGAGUUGUCGCUACCUUCAAUCAAAGCAAGGACCUCUCUGCGGCCAAGGGGCUAUAUUGCGGCGCCACAUCGGCCUGGGCUACAACCAUUAUCGGGCCUCCAAGGCUUUUACGGGAACUCUUUGAUUCGACACCAUUUGGUAAAGCUCGUGUGACCCCUCUCCCUAUCAACGCGACCUUUCACGCUUUGCACGCAGAGAGACCCGACAUUGAGACCAUAAUUGGAAAGGCACCAAAACUCGACAAGCUGAACUUAAAACGAGGAACCUUUCUAUCAAGCGAGUCGGGAGCGAUUUUUCCGCCGCAGACGGCCAGGAAACUGCUUGGCGAGGCGCUUUUGAAUAUGUUGAAUAGAAUGACAGAUAAUGAAAAGGUAUUCGGGGAGGUUCGAAACCUAACCGGAGAUCAGGAGGUGUGCAUUUUUCCCAUUGUUGCCGAGAAGGUUGCGGCUCGAUUGAUCAAGGUGCUCGGAGAGGACAAGGCGCACAUGGAAUAA